GCAGGGAGCCACGUAAGCAGACCAAAAUUCGUUUCGAGUCGGGCUUCUAUCUUUCCUUUUUCCAUGGCCGUAAUCGCAGUCGUACCAUGCACCGUUUGGUAUACUGUUCCUAUCUCAAACCGCGAAGCCAGUAACGGUAGGUCCACGGCACGACGCACCAAUCACAAUCGAUACAGAUGACGCCGUGAUUAAUCGCAGUUGUUAUUCGUCACGUCUUCGUCAGUGAUGUCACCCUGUCACCCCCGACCGUUGUUGUUUUUUAUUUUUUUGGUUAUGUCGGUUUCCAACACUGCGCGGCGCAUUCUCGUGUUCGUGUGUUAUAGCUGGUAGCGUCGCAGUUCGUCUUUCCAACCACGUUUUUGCUCGCGCACGCGAACUCCAGAGUUUCACAAAGUUGCCGAUAGAUGCUACAACAGCAAGGCGAUUCGUUCGGCUUAUCGCAUUUCCCCGCGUUUUCGGUGUUGUGCUCGUCUCAGUUUUUAAUCUAACUUUUUGGUGUUCGGAUUACGUGCGUUCGUCAAACACGAGUUCCGACUUCGGGUGACCGCGGACGUCACCUAUAUAACGGCACGCUUGCGGUUCACUUAAUACAUUCACGAUAAACAGUGCGGGUUUCCGAGAUCCCGUCGACCGACCACCAUGUCGGAUCCGGAGGGAAUGUUGAAAGUGUUGGAAACGCAUACAAUUAAAUGCGCUUUGGGACUGGACCGUGAUGGAUUAAAAGGCGGAUUGAUAGUCGGCGGUGAGUAUGCGUGGUUCACAAACGGCGCCGACCUCGUGCUCUAUUCAAAGACCACUGGCUGCGUGGAGUCUUCCAGAUCUUUUGGUCAAACAGACAAUUCAAUGGAGAUUACUUUUGUUCAAGAAUUACAUAAAAGCGAGAAAACCAUGAAUAUGCUAUUAGUUGGAUGUUCUAGUAAAUCUUUUGGUAUAUUGUUUGUUUGUCAAUUACCAACACUAUCAACCAUUCGGUGCAUUCAUACACCAAGUCCAAUAUCUUACAUUUCUACAAUAAAUAAUGAAUCACUUGCGCAAGAUCAACUUUGUGAUGUGUUCAAAGUUAUGUCCACCAUACUCUUACUUGGAUUGGCAACCGGAUCGGUUUUUGCAGUUGACUUAAGAAAACAUCACAUUGAAAACCAAUUGAGAAGUAAUGAAAUAGUUGUAAAUGAAUCAAGUCCUAGCAAACUAUUCAUUCUAAGGAAAAACAACAAUAGUCAAGAAGCUAAAAAGAUAAGUGAUGAUUGUGACUUUCAUUUAGCAAUGUUUAUAAAUGAAAAUUUCCAUAAUUUUUAUAAUAAACAGUGCAGUGGCAAACUAAACUUCAGCAUAUCUUGUUUGUUAUAUACUGAAGAAAUCAAUGCUGUUGCCAUAGGAUAUAUUACAGGUCACUUCCAACUAUGGGACUGUAAAAUUAUGCAGACACUAUAUGUAUUAAACAAACCUGAAUGUUUAAUGCCAAUUUCCCAUAUUACUUUUCUCGAAGAAGCUGAUGAUCCACACAAACUAUGUUAUCUUUGGAUUAUUCAGUCAGAUAAUUCUAGACUUCCAAAUGCAAUGAUGAUAGCUUUAUCCUAUGAACAUAGAACUUUGAUGUCAAAUGGCCGUUUUUCAUAUAGAGCGUAUAAAGAAUACAACAUCAAAUUUAAAAUGUCAUUACAAAAAGAUAGUGGAAUUGGUCGAUGUAUAUCUGCGUUAACUUUAUGUAAUGACACCUUGGUCAGAAAAAGCACUGAUAUGUCUGAAAAUUUUGGAAUAACAUUAUUUACAAUGUUAAUAGAAAUUCGUCAAAAUGUUGAUGCCAGUCCUAAAUCUUACGUUUUUUUGUUUGAUAUUAACCAGUGGUAUAAAGCCAAAAUGCCAUCAGUUAUCAAUCAUCUUAAAGUAUCAAAGCCUUAUGCUAGUUUUGUGAAGUUGCCUGAUUAUGCUAGUUAUUUAGAUUUCAGUAUUUCUAACAAAACAUUGGGCUCAUUUGGUUCCAAUUUUAGAAAUAAUGUAAAAAAUCUCUAUUGUUCAUCUUCAAUUUAUUUUGAAUGUGAUUGCUUAUCAGACACCAAAAUUAUUAGAUUUAAACAUGAUGGUGUUCAACAAGAAGUUUUAGAUAAAUUAAUUUUAAAAAAUUGGUGUUCAUUUUUCAACCCGAGUUUGAUAUUCCAUCAAUGUUUACAAAAAAAUUUAAAACCUUUUUUUUGGGAUAAGACAUAUGAUUACGAAAAUUACUCUUUGCUUGAUAAAUUACAUUUUGUAAUAUCUAUAAUAGUAGAAAACAACAUGAUGUCAGUUAUUGAUGAGUUAGCUGAAAAAUGGAAAAAUGGAACUCAUAGUGAAGUUAUAAUUCUACAUUUAGUGCAAUGUCUUUGGAACCAUGUCAUGCUUGUUAAACAAUAUGCUGAUCGACUAUGUGUUCCUUUAUUUGAAUGUUCUGGUAUGCUGGAUGGUAAAAAAAAUGUAAGCAUGUUGAAUGAUUGUUUGUCUCAAAUGCUGCGUGUUGAAAAUUUCUUCAAACGCAUGCAGCUUACAGACUGUGUUCAAAUAACAAAUGUUGAUUUGGUUGAUAGAGUGAAAAUUAUAAAUUUAGUCACUCAAUAUUUUAAUGCAAUUAUAUAUUUUGUCAACUUUCAACUGUUACCAAAACAAAUUGAAGAAAACGGUACUCAUCAAAUUAUACAAUGUGAUUUUACUUCCCUCGUGCAGUAUGCUUGUAAACGUCGGAUGGAAUUUGGAAAUUUACCAUUGUAUCUCAUUGACGCUAUUGUGACUAAUGAACCUAAUGGAAAUAAAUUAAUUGAACAAUGGAAACUUGAAUGUAUUGAAGAAAAUAAAGGCUUGUAUCCGCCUUCCAAUAUCCAAUGUCUUUUAAGGAUUUACUUGAAUGCUGAACUCUCUAACCAAAUGCAAGAUUUCAUUACUAUUUAUUUUUUGAUUGAUGUCUGUUCCGUCCAAAAGAUGGAUGAAAUAACUGCCAAUAUUUUUAAUAAUACUUUUGUUAAAAAUGAAGAGUUAUAUAAACUUUGUUGUGCUAGCUGGCUUUUCGAUCAUGACAUGUUUGAAGAUGGUAUGCUUAUCCUUGCCAGUAGUAAUGAGUGGAUGGUUAAUGAUAAAUCUUGGAAUUGGUAUCACUGGACUGUUUUAAGAUUGUUUGUUUUUAAAGAACAAUAUUAUUGGGCACAAAUUUACUUUGAACUCUUUAAUAUCAAAUUAAUGAACCUUGAUGAUCAUAAAUUUUAUAUUAACUUACAAAUAAUGAACAACCACUGUUUUGAUGCUUUAUGUCAUUUGCAUUUAAGAAAGAUUGAAGAUAAAAAGAUAUUGUUUGAAUACAUCUUUGAUCGAUGCAGGCAUACCAAUCAAUUAAAGGCAUUCUUAAGUUAUCCUAUGGAUGCAGAUGAAAAACAAUUAUUUUUUUCUUGUUUAAAAAAAUUUGAAGACACCUAUUUAAUACAAUUUAUGUUUUUAGUACAAGAAAAAAGGUACUCUGAAGCUUUGGAAGUAUAUAAAUUAUUGAAAAUCAAAACUACUUCAAAACAUGAUUAUAUUCUUACAAUUGCUAGUGUUUUAGUUAAUAAAAUUAAAGAUAACAUAUCUCCAAAUAACAAAAGUGAUGUUAACAAAAGAUUAUUUUCUAAUGAAGAAAUUAAGAUGACUUUUGCAAAUUGUUUUAUGGAUAAUCAUAUUAAUAUGAAAAAAUCAAAUAUUUGUAGAAGUUAUGGGAAAUUUUGUCAUAGUAAUCUUAUUGUACCAGAUGAUGACAUAGUUGGUACAACACAAGGUCCUUAUGAAAAAGUUUCAGCUAUAAAUGGAGUAUUGAGUCCCUUAAAAAUUGAAACUGCAAAAAAAAUGAAAAAGGAACUCUUAAAACUCCUCGACACUCCAUUAAUUCAAAGCGCCAGUUAUAGACCUUCUGUUACAAAUUGUUUAGUAGUGCCGAAGAAAAAAUCUGCAAUAGACAAUAAGCAAUUAUCAAUGAUAAAAUUAGAUAAGAUGCGCCAAACUUUAACUCCUGGUCUGCCAGAUAAUAAUGACUCUAAAGUUGAAAAAUGCAGUCUCAACAAAAGCAUGAGUAUGAAAAUUGUUGAUUCUGAAAAUAAAGUUGUUGAAAAUAGUGAUACCAAUAAUUUACCAAUUAAUAUGAUCACCGAACAAACACUGAUGACUUCCCACAAGUUUCUUAAAGAUAAUUCUGAAAUUGAAGUAUUAGAAACUCUCCCUAUAUCCUAUACUAUCGACGGAGGAGAGUGUGAAAAAAUGGAUAUUUCUGACAGUGACCAAAAUAGCAUACCUAAUGGUGAAAAUGAAAACAAUUUUGAGGAAGCAGAUGUCAUCCUUGAAAUUGAACAUUUUCUAUAUGCAGAAGAACCAGAUAUCAUUCUCGGUGAUUUAAAUGAAACUAACAGUUCAGAACAACCAAAUGACUUAUUAGAUGGUAACUUAAAUGCAGAAACCCAUUCAAAUGAAACAAGUAUCAUGCCUUGUGAUGAAAAUGAGGACAAUUUAAAAGAACUAGAAGAUUUAAAUGAUGAUAAUAAUCCUCAACAACCUGAUAUCAAACUUAUAGGUGUCAUUGACGAAAAUUUAGAAGAAUCGGUAGACUUACUUCAUCGUAGCACAAGUUUAGAAAAUCAUUCAGAUCAACCAAUUGUCAUACCUGAAAGUGAAGAUGAAAAUAAUUUAGAUGAACUAUAUGUCAUCUUUCAAGGUGAACAAUUUGAACAUGUAGAAGAACCAUAUAUCAUACUUGAUGAUGCAAAUGAUACUAACAAUUCAGGCUCAUUGGAUGACUUGCCUGAUGAUGACGUAAAUGUAGAAAACAAUUCAUAUCAACUAAACGUUUUACCUAGUGAUGAAAAUGAGGAUAAUUUAGAAGAACCAGAUAUCAUACUUGAAGGCGAAAUUGAUGGUAAUUUUGAAGACUCGGUAGUCUUACUUGAUGGUGAGAAUAAAGAACAUUUGGAAGAAUCAGAUUUCAUACUUGAAGGUGAAAAUAAUGAAAAUACAAACAAAACCGAUUUCAUACUCGAUGAUGAUGAUGAUGAUGUAGAAAAUCGAUCGGAUCAACCAAAUGUCUUAAAUGAUGGUGAAAAUGAAGAAAACUUUAAAAAACCAUGUGUCAUACCUAGAGACGAAAAUGAAGAUAAUGUAGAAGUUCCAAAGAUGAUACUUGAUGAGGCAAAUGAUACUAAUAAUUUAGAAUCACCAGGUAUCAUGCUUGAAGGUGAAAUAGAUGGACGCUUUGAAGAAUCAGAAGACUUACUUGAAGGUGAAAAUUAUGAAAAGACAAACAAAACAGGUUUCAUACUUGAUGAUGACGUUAAUGUAGAAAAUCAAUCGGAUCAACCAUCGGUAAGUAUCUUACCUGAUUGUGAAGAUAAAGACAAUUUAGUAGAACCUUACUUCACACCCAAAGGCAAAAAUAAAGACAAUCUAGGUGAAUCAAAUGACUUCCUUGAUACUGUAAGUGUAGAACACGAUUCUGAUCAACCUAUUGUCUUACUUGAUGAUGACAUUGAAGACAAUAUAGAAGUACUAGAGAUGACACUUGAUGAUGCAAAUGAUACUAAUAACUCAGAACAACCUGAUGUCAUACUAGAAAAUGACAUUUAUGAAAAUUUUGUAGAGUCGGAUAAUUUCCUUGAUGAUGUCCAAAGUGUAGGAAAUCGACCUGAUCAACCAUGUGUCUUAGCUGAUGGUAACGAUGAAAGCAAUUUUAAAAAACCAUAUGACAUACCUUAUGACGAAAAUGAAGAUAAUGUAGAAAUACCAGAGAUGAUACUUGUUGAUAUAAAUGAUACUCAUAAUUUAGAACAACCUGAUAUUAUACUUGAAGAUGAAAUAGAUGGAUGUUUUGAAGAAUCAGAAGACUUACUUGAUGGUGAGAAUGAAGACAGUAAAGAAGAACCAGAUUUCAUUCUUGAUUCAAAUAAUACUAAUAAUUUAGAAGAACAGGGUGUCAUACUUAAUAAUAACUCAAAUGUUCAAAACGAUUCAGAUCAAUUAAGUGUUAAACCUGAUGGUGAAAAUAAGGACAGUUUAGAAGAACCAGAUGUUAUAUUCGAAAGUGAAUAUAAAGAAAAUUCCGAAGAAGCUUAUGCAAGUGAACAAAAUUUAACAACAUAUUUUGAAACAUUUAAAAAUGAGAUAACGCCUAAAAAUAAUGGAAUGAUAGACCGUGGUAAUGUAAUAUAUUCAACAGAUUCACAAUCUAACAAGUUGAAAAAUCUUACUCCUUGUAAUCAUCAUCUCACUGAAGAGAAUCGUUUAAAUUGUGACAAUAAGAUAAUUGAAGAAGAAAAUAAAAGUUACAUACAUAAUAUAGUUGAUGGUAACAAGAAUUUAUUUGUAAUUAAAAAAGAUGAUAUUGCUGAAAUAGUUGAAAAUACUAAUGGAGAAAAUAAGUCAAGUGAGCCUAUUCAUUUUCAAAUUUUUGAAAAUCCUAAAAAUGUGUGUGGUGAUCAGAACGAAGAUUAUCUUUAUGAUGAGUAUCAAUAUUCCAACAAUGAUAUUUUUUCUGAAGUGUCAACUAUUGAAAAUCCUAUACCGGAAUAUGGUUUUAAUCAUCUUACUAUGACCGAGAAUGAAUCAAAUCAACUAGAAGUGUACGACACUCUGAAUCAGCAAACAUCAGUUUUGUUAAAUGAAUCAUUUUUGAACAAUAUAAGCUUAGGUACAACAGCUGAAGUUAAUGAACCCAGUGAUUUAAUUGAAAACAACGUAGAAAUAGUUACGGACAAGAUAUCAGUAGAUUUGGAACCAUCUUCCAAUACUAAUUUAUAUAAUGAAGAAAUUAAAUCCUUUCAACUAGUUGACUCUAAUGAUAUUACUCCUCAACAAGUUGAUAUUAAUAUUUUGGAUUCUGAAACAAAAGAAUAUGCAGUUGAAAUACAAAAUAGCUGCCCUGUAAUAUCAUCAGAACCUAGCAAAACGCUUAUUAUUGAAGAAUUUCCACCAAAUAGUAUGUUCUAUAAAGACAUUAUAGUUCAAGGAGAAACAUCUAAAUUGGUGAAUUUAGUCAAAAGUAGUUCAGAUACUGAAAUUGACAACAAUUUGUCAGAAAAUGUAUAUAAUUUAAGAAAAGUUAAAAAAAAUAAACAACCACUUAUUGAACAAGUGGAGAAAAAUAUUCCUAAUCUGCGAAAAAGAAGGAGCAGGGCCAAAUGCAUUCCAUUGACUGACACCAAAUUAACAACAAAAUCGAAAUCCGAAUGUAAAACUAAACAAGUUGAAUUAGAAAUUAUUUCCUCCCCUGCUUCUGACAUUGUUGAAGAUUCUCUAAAUAAUGUGUCAAAAAAGAGAUUAAAAUGUCAGAAAAAAAUUCCCUUGGUAAAACGUAGAAGGGUAUGUCCAAAGUAUGUGGCUUCUGUUGAUGGAGCUUCUAAUAGCGAAAUUGACUUAGAGCAGUCUGAAGAAAUGACUGCAAAUCAACAGAAAAAAGUUAAAAAAAUUAAAGAAUUGCUUCCAAAUAAAAAUAAAGUUACAGCAUCUCAAAAAGAACUGAAAAAAUUAGCCAUGCCUACUAAAAUUAAACUAGAUUCUGAAAACAACAACAAAAUAUUAGAUCAAAAUACCGUCUCUAGUACAAAAACUUGCAAACAUUUAUUUUUACUGGAACCUAAAAUAGUGCUUGAGCGGCUUGAUAUCAGUUCAUUCAAAAACUGUUUUAAACAACUCGCAGUGCCCAACGAUAGUAGCCAGGUUACAUUAUCAACUAACAAAACAAAUAGUCAGAAGCCUGUUGCAUUGAAAAGACUUAGAAAUGGAUGUUUAAAAUCCAUAAAAGAACCAACAGUUAUUAAUACAAUAAUUGACUCAGAUAAAGAGCUUAAAAAAGAUUCUAUCAAUAAUGAUAAAAAAAAAACUGUAACAAGAAAAUCAAAAUUAAAUUCCUCGUACAGAGAAAAAAAAGUAGAACUUGACAAUAAUUUAACGUCUAGUUCAAAUAAACUUGUUCUAACUUCAUCAAAGUCUGAUCCCAUUAACUGUGUAAAUAAAAUACACAACAGUUUAAUUAAUGAAACCAUUGAUUUAACUUCCGAUGGUGAAUCUGUGUCUGAUGAAGAUCAAGAAGAAAUGGCCCAAACAAAAUCAAGUAAAGAAAAAUUAGAUUGGAGGAUAAUAUCUCACGAAGUCAAAACAAAUACAGAUGCUAUACCUAAAAUUCGAAUCGGGCGAAAUAAAAGUGAAUUAAAUACCAAAUGUGUUGACUCUCUGUUAGACUUGAAAUCUAUGAAGCAAGGUACAAAAAUCGUUGAGGAACGAGAACUGGGUCUUAUAAAAAAAUCUAGCGAAACAAAAAUACUGAAAUUAAAUCAGCAAGGUCGUCGUAUGUCCACCAGGAGAGUUUUAAAAAAACAUACAUGUUCUUGUUGCACCAGUGAAUCGAUGGAUGUUGCUUUCCAUUCCAAUGUGAUAGGAUGAGACAUUUUGUUAGAAGAUAUACCACCACCUAAUGUAUUUUAAA